ACGAGCCGGCAUGAAGAAGAAAACCAAACCAAGAUGUUUGAGAAUGCCGCUAUAAUUGAUCGCAGAGCAAGUAAAGCAAAUGAGUCUGAAAAAAACCAUGUCCAAAUUGUUGAUGAUUCACAGGUAGCGUGCAAGGAAAAUGUGCAAAGGAAAACUGACCAGCUGGACAUGCCAGAAGGCUCAAAAAGAGAAAGUAGAGAUGACGAAGCAUCAGAAAUUGCAGCAGAAGGGCAGGAAAUUGCUGAAAUUCCAAAAGAUAACAAGUCAAAUGACAUCCUUUUGGAAAAUGAAGUGGAAAAGAAUCUCACUGAACUCUUGCAUGUCACUGGUGACGAGAUUGGAAACUCAUCUUUCGGGGAACUUAUAGAGACAACAUCCGACCAUAAGCUUGAUACAGCCACCAGUUCAGAAGAUAUCCAUGGUGGUUUGAAGGGAAAAUGCAACAUGGAUGACAAUAAGGAAGAGAAUAUGCCAGUUGUAGACUCGAACGACAAGACCAACAAUGAAAUUUCAUGCAAUACCAAUCAUGACGCUGUUGACUAUCUAGCAGUUGAGGAAAAACUUGAAGAACCAGCAGUUGAAGAAAAACAUGAAGAACCAACAGUUGAAGAGAAACCUAGAGAACCAGCAGUUACGGAGAAACAUGAAGAACCAGCGAUUGAGGAAAACCCAGCUGUGGAAGAAAAACUUGAAGAACCAGAGGUUGAGGAGAAACAUGAAAAACCAGCAGCUGAAGAGAAACCUAGAGAACUAGUAGUUGAAGAAAAAGCUGAAGAACCAACACCGGAAGAACUAGAAUUUGAAGAGAAACCUGAAGAACCAACUGCUGAAGAAAUACCUGAACAAUUAGUAGUUGAAGAGAAAUCUGAAAAACCAGAGGUUAAAGAGGAGAAGUCUGAAAAGAAUAUGUCAGUUGUAGAUUUCAAUGAGAAGACUGACAGUGAAAUUCCAUGCAAUACCAACAAUGAUGUUGCCGACUAUGUAUCAGUUGAGGCAAACCUUGAAGAACCGGUAGUUGAAGAAAAACCUGAAGAAACAACGGUUGAGAAGAAACCUGAAGAACCAUCAAUUGAGGAGAAACGUGAAACACCAGCAUUUGAGAAGAAACCUGAAGAACCAAUAAUUGAGGAGAAACCUGAAGAACAAACAAUUGAAGAGGAGAAACAUGAAAGGAUAACUCUCCUGGAAAAGUUCUUCUUGCAGAGUAUUCCAGUUGUAGUCCCGAACGACAAAACUGAAAGUAAAACUCCAAGCAUUACAAACAAUAAUGCUGCUCACUUUUCAGAAGUUGAGGAAAACCCUGAAGAACCUGCAGUAAAAGAAAAAACUGAAAAACCAGUUCUUGAAGAGAAACCUGAAGAACCAACAGUUGAAGAGAAAUCUGAAGAACCAGUUGAGGAGAAACCUGAAGAACCAACAGCUGAAGAGAAACCUGAAGAACCAGCAACUAAAGAAAAACAAGUGCUAGUAGGGGAGGAAACAGCUGAAGAACUAGCGCUUGAAGAGAAACCUGAAGAACUAACGAUUGAACAGACAGAUGAAGAACUAGUUGUUGAAGAUAAAACUGAAAAACCACCAAAUAAAGAGGAGAGACCUGAAACGAAUUUGCCCAUUGCAGACUCAAAGGACCAGACUGACAAUGCAAUUCCAUGCGAUACCAACAAUGAUAUUGCUGACUAUGCAACAGUUGAGGAAAAACCUGAAGAAACAGUAGUUGAAGAAAAACAUGAAGAACCUGCAAUUGAAAAGAAAUUUGAAGAAUCAACAGUUAUGGAGAAACCUGAAGAACCAGCAGUGGAAGAAAAACCUGAAGAACCAACAGUUAAAGAGGAACCUGAAAAAUCAGUGAUGGAAGAGAAACCUGAAGAACCAAUUGUUGAGGAGAAACUUGAAGAACCAACUGUUGAAGAGAAACCUGAAAAAUCACUGAUUGAAGAAACACCUGAAGAACCAAUAUGGGAAGAAACACCUAAAGAACUAGCAUUUGAAGAGAAACCAGAAGAACCAGCAGUUGAAGAGGAGAAACCUGAAAAGGUAACUCUUUUGGAAGAGAAUAUACCAGCUGUAGAUUUCAACGACAAGACUGACCGUGAAAUUCCAUGCGAUACCAACAAUGAUAUUGCUGACUAUGCAACAGUUGAGGAAAAACCUGAAGAACCGGUAGUUGAAGAAAAACAUGAAGAACCUGCAAUUGAAAAGAAAUUUGAAGAAUCAACGGUUAUGGAGAAACCUGAAAAACCAGUGGUUAAGGUACAACCUGAAGAACCAGCAGUGGAAGAAAAAGUUGAAGAACCAACAGUUAAUGAGGAACCUGAAAAAUCAGCGAUGGAAGAGAACCCUGAAGAAUCAAUUGUUGAGGAGAAACUUGAAGAACCAACUGUUGAAGAGAAACCUGAAAAAUCACUGAUUGAAGAAACACCUGAAGAAACAAUAUGGAAAGAAACACCUAAAGAACUAGCAUUUGAAGAGCAACCAGAAGAACCAGCAGUUGAAGAGGAGAAACCUGAAAAGGUAUCUCUUUUGGAAGAGAAUAUGCCAGCUGUAGAUUUCAACGACAAGACUGACUGUGAAAUUCCAUGCAAUACCAACAAUGAUGUUGCUGAAUAUGUAGCAAUUGAGGAAAACCUUGAAGAACCAGCAGUUGAAGAAAAACAUGAAGAACCAACAGUUGAGGAGAAACCUGAAGAACUAGCAGUUGAAGAGAAACCCGAAAAACCAACAAUUGAGGAGAAACAUGAAGAACCAAUAGUUGAGAAGAAACCUGAAGAACCAGUAGUUGAGGAGAAACCAGAAGAACCACUAAUUGAAGAGGAGAAAUCUGAAAGGGUAACUUUCCUAGAAAAGAGUAUGCUAGUUGUAGACUCGAACGACAAGACUGACAGUGAAAUUCCAUGCAAUACCAACAAAGAUGCUGCCCACUUUCCCGAAGUUGAGGCAAACCCUGAAGAACCAGCAGUUGAAGGAAAACCUAAAGAACCCGUUGAUGAAGAGAAACCAGAUGUACCAGUGGUUGAGAAACCUGAAAAACAAAUGGUUGAGGAGAAACUUGAAGAACCAAUGAUUGAGGAGAAAUCUGACGAACUAGUCGAGGAGAAAUCUCAACAACCAGCGGCUGAAAAGAAACCUGAAGAACCAGCAGCUAAAGAAUCACUUAAAGAGCUAGCAGGGGAGGAAACAACUGAAGAACUAGCACUUGAAGAGAAACUUAGAGAACCAACAGUUGAAGAACUAGUUCUUGAAGAUAAACCUGAAAACCCAGAAAAUGAAGAGGAUAAACUUGAAACAGUAACUCUCCAGGAAAAGAAUUUACCAAUUGCAGACUCAAACGACAAGACUGACAAUGCAACUCCCUGCAAUAACAACAAUGAUAUUGCUGACUCUGCAGCAGUUAAGGAAAAAACUGAAGAACCAGUAGUUGAGGAAAAACAUGAAGAACCGGCAACUGAAGAGAAAUCUGAAGAAUCAGAAUUUAUGAAAAAAACUGAAGAACCAGCGGUUGAGGUAAAACCUGAAGAACCAUCAGUGGAAGAGAAGCAUGAAGAACCAGCGGUUAGGAAAAAUCCUGAAGAACCAGCAGUUAAUGAGGAACCUGCAAAAUCAGCAACGGAAGAGAAACCUGAAGAACCAAUUGCUGAGGAGAAACUUGAAGAACCAACUCUUAAAGAGAAACCUGGAAAACCAGUAAUUGAAGAAACACCUGAAGAACCAACACUGGAAGUAACACCUAAAGAACAAGCAGAGAAACCUGAAGAACCAGUUGAAGAGGAAAAAACUGACAAGGUAACUCUUUUGGAAAAGAAUAUACCAGUUGUAGAUUUCAAUGAUACGACUGACAGUGAAAUUCCAUGCAAUACCAACGACGAUGUUGCUGAAGACGUAGCAGUUGAGGAAAACCUUGAAGAACCAUCAGUUGAGGAGAAACCUGAAGAAUUAGCGGUUGAAGAGAAACCUGAAAAACCAGCAAUUGAGGAGAAACGUGAAGAACCAAUAAUUGAGAAGAAACCUAAAGAACCAGCAGUUGAGGAGAAACCUGAAGAAUUAGCGGUUGAAGAGAAACCUGAAAAACCAGCAAUUGAGGAGAAACGUGAAGAACCAAUAAUUGAGAAGAAACCUAAAGAACCAGCAGUUGAGGAGAAACCUGAAGAACAAACCGUUGAAGAGAGACUUGAAGAACCAACAAUUGAAGAUGAGAAACUUGAAGAACCAACAAAUGAAGAUGAGAAACUUGAAAGGGUAACUCUCCUAGGAAAGAAUAUGCAAGUUGUAGACUCCAUCGACAAGACUGACUGUGAAAUUCCAUGCAACACCAACAAUGAUGUUGCUUACCAUCCAGCAGUUGAGGAAAAUCUAGAAAAAACAGCAAUUGUGGAAACAACUGAUGAACCAGUGGUUGAAGAGAAACCUGAUGUACCAGCGAUUAAGGAGAAACCUGAAGUACCAAAUAUUGAGCAGAAACUUGAAGAGUUAGCAGGAGAGGAAACACAUGAAGAACUAGCAGUUGAAGAGAAACUAGAAGAACCAAUUACUGAAGAGACACCUGCAGAACUAGUUAUAGAAGAGAAACCUGAAAACCCAGCAGUUGAAGAGGAGAAACCUGAAACAGACGCUCUCCAAACGAAGAAUAUGCCAAUUGUAGACUCAAAGGACAAGAUUGACAUUGAAAGUCCAGGCAAUAUCAACAAUGAUGGUGCUGACUAUCCAGAAGUUGAAGAUAAACCUGAAGAACUAGCAGUUGAAGAAAAACAUGAAGAACAAGCAAUUGAAGAGAAGCCUGAAGAACCAGCAAUUAAGGAAAAAGCUGAUGAACCAGCAGUGCAAGAAAAACUUGAAGAACCAGCUGUGGAAAAGAAACCUGAAGAACCAGUGGCUACGGAGAAACCUGAAGAACCAGUGGCUACGGAGAAACCUGAAGAACCAGCAAUUAAGGAAAAAGCUGAUGAACCAGCAGCGCAGGAGAAACCUGAAGAACCAGCUGUGGGAAAGAAACCUGAAGAACCAGUGGCUACGGAGAAACCUAAAGAACCAGCAAUUAAGGAAAAAGCUGAUGAACCAGCAGUGCAAGAGAAACCUGAAGAACCAGCUGUGGAAAAGAUACCUGAAGAACCAGCAGUCGAGGAGAAAUUUGACGAACCAGCAGUUGGAGAGAAAUCAGAAGAACCAGUAGUUGAACAAACACCUGCAGGACCAGCAUGGGAAGAAACACCUAAAGAACUAGCAUUUGAAGAGAAACCUGAAGAACCAGCAGUUGAAGAAACACCUGAAGAACCAGCAGUUGAAGAAACACCUGAAGAACUAGCAGUUGAAAAGAACCCUGAAAAAACAGCAGUCGGAGAGAAACAUGAAAAAGUAACUCUCUUGGAAAAGAAUAUACCAAUUAUAGAGUUAAACGAGAAGAAUGACAGCUCAACUCCUUGCAAUACCAACAAUGAUGUUGCUGACUAUCUAGCAGUUGAGGAAAAACCUGAAGAACCAGCCAUUGAGAAAAAACCUGAAGAACCAAUGGCUAAGGAGAAACUUGAAGAACCGAAUGUUGAGGAUAAACCUGAAAAAUCAGUGAUAGAGGAGAAAUCUGAAAAACUAGCAACUGAAGACAUACUUGAAGAGCGAGCAGGGGAGGAAACACCUGAAGCACUAGCAGUUGAAGAGAAACCUGACGAAUCAGCAGUUGAAGAGACAGUUGAAGAACUAGCUAUUGAACAGAAAUCUAAAAAAACAGCAACUGAAAAAGAGAAACCUGAAGCCGUAACUCUCCUGGAAAAGAAUAUGCCAGUUGUAGAUACAAAGGACGAGAUUAACAGUGAAAUUCCAUGCAAUGCCAGCAAUGAUGUUUCUGACUAUCCAGCAGUUGAGGCAAAACCUGAAGAACUAUCCGUUGAAAAAAAAUAUGAAGAACCACCAGCAGUUAUAUUGGAGAAACCUGCAGAACUAGCAGUUGAGGAGACACCUGAAAAAACACUAGUUGAAGAGAAACCUGAAAACCCAGCAGCACGGGAAGAAACACUUGAAGAACCAGCAUUGGAAGAAACACCUGAAGAACCAACAGUUGAAGAGAAACCUGAAGAAGUAGUAGUUGAAGAAAAACUUGAUAAACCAGCAACUGAAAAAGAGAAACCUGAAAAGGUAACUUUCUGCGAAAAGAAUAUGCCUGUUGUAGACUCAAAUGGUAAGACUGGCAGUAAAAUUACAUGCAACACCAAUAAAGAUGUUGCUGAUAAUCCAGCAGUUGAGGAUGAAGAACCAGAAGUUGAGGAGAAACCUGAAGAACCAACAGUUGAAGAAAAACCUGAGGAACCAGCAAUGGAAGGAAAACUUGAGAAACUGGCAGUUGAAGAUAAACUUGAGGAACGAGCAGUUGAACAGAACCCUGAGGAAACAGCAGUUGAACCUGAAGAACCAACAGUUGAAGAAAAACCUGAAGAACCAGCAAUGGAAGGAAAACUUGAGAAACUGGCAGUUGAAGAUAAACUUGAGGAACGAGCAGUUGAAAAGAACACUGAGGAAACACCAGUUGAAGAAAAACUUGAGGAACCAGUAGUUGACAAAAAAGCUGAAGAACUAGCGGUUGAAGAGAAACUUGAAGAACCAUUAGUUAAAGAAAAGCCGGAAGAACAAAGCAGGGAAGUAACUGAAGCUCCCAUAAAAGAGGCAAAGCUUAACCAGAAUGCAAAUGAAGCAAGCAGCAGUCUGCCAACAGCUAUUCUAAGCCAUCCGCCUGCUCAAGGGACAACAAUGACCAACCCAAUAUUGGGAGAACCAAUUAGUAUUGACAAACCUAAAAACGUGCAACAGCUAGAUUCUCAAGAAAUAUCAGAAAUUGAUGAGGCAAUGCAGAGAGAUGAAGAUAACAUAAAGCAGAAGGAUGAGGCUUCUUUCACUGAAGAGCAGAAGUUUACACCACAGAGUGAUGAAAAUCAAAAUACUUCGACAGGGGAUAGUUUCUUAAAUAAGAACAUGUUCGCUGAAGGUGAAGCUGUGCACAUUAAUAGUCAAGAGGAUCUAAUCAGGCAAGAAAUUUCAGGAAGCACAAAAUCUGAGAUAAAUCCAAAUUCAAGUAAAGGAACAGAAAGUGAGGUAAACGAGCAUCCAGAAGGACCAGAAGUACCAAAACAAAGUGAUGAAAGGGGGAAAUGUAUAGUACAGAAGCAAGAAGAUUCUGUUCGCAACCAGGAAGAACUGUUUGUUGAAGAAAAAAUGAGAUCUUGUGAAGAGGUUGAAACAGAGAUAAGCAAACUUAAAGAUAUAAAUGCUGGUGAUGGAACAAAUAAAAACAUUAUGGAAAAAGAAGAAAAGACCCUGGACAAAAUUCUGACGUCCACCAAAGAAGAAAUUGGUACCAAGAACUCUGAAGAAGGCCAAGUGCUUUCAGAGAUUCCCAGUCAAGAGAACUUUCAACAAGCUAAUUUAAUCAGAGAUGAAGCUUUAUUGAAAGAUGAGCGUGGAAUCGAGAACUUCAUGGUAGUUUCUUCAGAAGAAAUUAGCUGUGAAGGCUCUAUUGAAAAGAAUAUGCCAGUUGUAGACUCGAAUGACAAGACUGACGGUGAAAUUUCAUGCGAUACCAACAAUGAUGUUGCUGACCAUCCGGCAGUUGCAGAAAAACUCGAUGAUUCAGCAGUUGAAGAGAAACCCAAGGAAUGGAUCGUUGAAGAGAAACUGGAAGAAACAGCCAUUGAGGAGAAACUCGAAGAACCAGCAGUUGAGGAGAAACCUAACAAACCAGCGGUUAAAGAGACACCUGAAGAACCUGCAGUGAAAGAAACACCUGAACAACCAACGGUUGAAGAGAAACCUCAAGAACCAGCAAUUCAAGAGAAACCUCAAGAACCAACAGUUGAAAAGAAACCUGAAGAACCAACAAUUGAUGAAGAACUUGAAGAGCCAACAGUUGCGGAGAAACCUGAAGAACCAGCAGUUAAAGAAAACCAUGUAGAACCAGAAGUUGAUGAAAAACGUGAAGAACCACAAGUUGAAGAAAAACAUGAGGAACCAGCAGUUGAAGAAAAACCUAAAGAACCAAAAGUUGAGGAGAAACCGGAAGAACCAGCGGUUGAGGAGAAACCCGAAGAACCAGCAGUGAAAGAAACACCUGAAGAACCAGCGGUGAAAGAGACACCUGAGGAACUAGCAGUUGAAGAGAAACCUGAAGAACCAGCGGUGAAAGAGACACCUGAGGAACUAGCAGUUGAAGAGAAACCUGAAGAACCAGUAGCUGACAAAAAACUUGAGGAACCAACAGUUGAGCAGAAACCUGAAGAACCAGCUGUUGAUGAAAAAGGUGAAGAACCGUCAGUUGAAGAAAUACCUGAGGAAUCGGCAGUUGAAAAUUUUGAAGAAGCAGCAGUAGAAGAGAAACCUGAAGAACCAACAGUUAAGGAAAAAACUGAAGAAGCACCCACUGAAGAAAAACCCGACGACCAAGCAGUUGAAGAGAAACCUAAAGAACCACCAGUUGGAGAAGAACCCAAAGAACAAAAUAGGGAAGAUACUGAAGCUGCCACAGAAAGAAUUGAUGAAUCUGGAACACAUAUAGUAGAGAAAGAAAAAGCUUUGAUUGGAAAACAGACAGAAUUGUUUGUCGAAGAAACAACGAGACUUUGCGAAGAAGUUGAAACUGAGAUAAAAGAACUUAAAGAUGUCAAUGCUGGUGAUGGGACAAAUAAGAAUGUCCUAGGAAAAGAAGAAACGACUCCAGAUGAGCUUCUAAAAUCAGCCAAAGAAGAGAUGGCAGCAAAUAACUUUGAAGAAGGCAAAGUGGUUUCAGAAACCCCCAAUCAAGAGAACACUCAGCAAGCCAAUCUGACAACAGAAGAGGUUAAAGACACGCAUGGAGCAGAGAACUUCAUUGCACUUUCUUCAGAAGAAAAGAGGGUGGAGGACUCUAUUGAAAAGAACUUUCAGCAAGACAAUCUAACCCCAGAAGAGGUUAAAGACACGAGUGGAGCAAAGAACUUCAUUGCACUUCCUUCAGAAGAAAAGAGGGUGGAGGACUCUACAGAAAAGGUUGAAAGCUCUGAUAUUGGGUUCCAAAAUCAUAAUAAGGACAACACAGCUGCAGAUAAGCUUGAGAUACAAAACAGAGAAACAGAUAUUGGCCAUAUGUUCGAUACUCCGGUUGAAAAAGAAACAAAUGGAAGAAACAGUGAAAAGAUAUCUGAAUCCACACAAGAACUUAUCCAUCAGGCAGCUGAGAUUUGUGAAGAUAACGAAGCAGCAGUAGUUACGUACACCAAUAUGUUACAAAGCUGUGCAGAUCCACAGGAACAACUGAAGCAUCAGUUAGCUGAGGUAUGUGAAGAGAAACAGGCAGUGGGAAUAGCAGACACCAAUUCUUUACAAAGGUCUGCAGACCAUGAGAAGCCUUACAGUGCACCUGUUCAGGAGAUUAUUGACAAAUCAGAAACAGAGGAUGUUUCCUGUGCGGAUUGCAUUGAAGAAGAAAAUAGCAUCAGCACCAAACAGGAGAAGUUAAAACAGGAAGAAAAUCCAGAAGUGAAGACAGAUGAAAAUUUUGACAAGAGAGAGGAAAACCAAAGCAUAAUGAUGUCAGAAGGAGCUGAAAUGGAUGAUUACAAGCAGCAUAUAAAGUACAACAUAUGUGCAGUCAUGAAUACAGAAGAGCACACUGAAGAUUCACCUGCUGGAAAACAAACAUCCGAAAAACUAGAAGAACUGGGAAAAAUUAAUAUCGAUGACAACAACAAUGUUAAUCAUGGAAGUACUGAGAUAGACCUCCCAGAAGAGGCUAAGGAAUCAAAGGGCGAAUGUGUUAUGAUGGAAAUCAAGACUCCAAUUAUAGAGGAGGAACAAGAAGAUUUAAGAGAGAGCACUGGCAAAGAUUCCUCAAGCAACAACACAACACAUGUGCAACAAGAGAAGGGAACAACAAUAAGUGAACCUGAAAGAGGAACUUUGAAACCUUUUGGAUCAGAACAAAAACCAGCAGCAGGUCUUGAAGAGAUGAUAACAAGCAAUGGAACAAAAGAAACAGAGAAAGAAGAAAAGACUGAAAAUAUUCCAAGUGCCCAAGUAGGAUGUGAACAAGAGGAAAAAACAAGAGAUGAAUGGGAAGAAAUAACAGAACAUUUCACAUCAUUGGAAUUCGUUAAGGUUUCCGAAAAGGAGAUAGCAACGGAUAACAUGGUGAGCAAUGUAACUAAGCAGAUACAAGAGCAAGCAGCAUAUCCUUUACUUGCAUUGGAGAGGGUGGAAACUGAACCAACAGGCAGCACGGAUGUCAAUGGCACGCCCAAAGACAGCGUUACCCCACUAGCGCAACUGGGUGCAAUGGCCAAAAGUAACCAGCACAUGCAGGGAAAAUGCAAAACUUCAGAAACAGAAGAGGAUCAGGAAAAUUACAAAAACGAGAAAGGUGUGGAAUGUGAUUUAAAAGAAGCACCAGAGGAAUCCAGAUCAAGAGAGACACAAGCUAAGGCCGCACUUUCUGACCUUCUGCAUGAAUCAGUAAAAGAGACAUCAAAAAUGGAGGAAAGUUUGACUGAAGAAAAAGCGGUAAUGAUCAAUAAAGAAGACCUGCAGGCACACAAAACUGAAGAGUCUGAAGAUGAAGAAGAAAUAACUGAUAAGGAAAAAGACAAUGACAAAGAUGAGGAAGGAAGUCAACAAACAAGAGAAGAGUCAUGUUCUGAAGGUCCAGUCAUUGUAGAAGUCUCGAGAGAUGCUGAUAUCAGAGUUCCUCACAAGAAACAUCAGAAUAUAUUGUCAGGAGUUGGAUCAAAAGUCAAGCACUCAAUUGCAAAGGUGAAGAAAGCCAUCACUGGUAAAUCCUCUCAGAGCAAGCCACCAUCACCCAAAUAAGAUGAUAAAAGAUGAUCAUGACUUUACAUAAUACAAAGUCAUAAGUUCUCGAGAAAAGUAAGUGAAAAGAUUUUUCAGCAAUUCAAGUUCUCAAUAAUGUACAAAAGUUUGUCCACAAUGUGAAAUCUUAUUGUAUUACAGUAUUAGGGAUUCUUUAAUUAUCAAAUACAUGGUGGCAACUUCUCAA